AUUUCCGGCUGUCUGUCAAAGUAGCUGUCAAACACGAGCGCGAGGGGUUGUGCUCCCGCUGCUCCGUCAUUCAGGAAGUCCAGACCAACUGACAGCAAAGUCACAUCGACAUCUCAAGACUCGGACUAAAACAAUUCUGAAGUGUUUUUCAACCACAACGACUUUUGCAAAAGGUGAGUAUAUUAUUCCAGCCAUGGGGAAAGUCGACAAGAAGUCUACACUGCACUGAAUCUAAGAAGGUAGACAAAGAAGGAGACAGGUUAUUUGGACAGCGUCUUCACACAUUUUCACAGCUGGCCAAUGCCGGGCCCGUCGUGGACAUCUGGUGGAGGCAGAAGCAGCAGCAACAGCAGUGUGUAUGUGAGCAAGGUACCUGAGGCCUAGCCCAUGUCCAGCUCAUAAUGCCGUCGUCCACACGGAAAGGGGUGCCGAAGGACCCCGAGCUGGCCGACCUCUUUUUUAAAGAUGACCCUGAGGACGUCUUCUGUGACCUGCAUGAGAUCGGACAUGGCAGCUUUGGGGCCGUCUACUUUGCACGUAACUCCUACUCCAACGAGGUGGUGGCCAUCAAAAAGAUGUCCUAUAAUGGCAAGCAGACUGCAGAGAAGUGGCAGGAUAUCAUAAAGGAGGUCAAGUUUUUGGGACAGCUGCGACACCCAAACACAAUUGAGUACAAAGGAUGCUACUUGAAAGACAACACUGCCUGGCUGGUGAUGGAGUACUGCCUGGGCUCUGCAUCAGAUUUACUAGAGGUUCAUAAGAAGCCGCUCCAAGAGUUGGAAAUUGCUGCCAUUACCCACGGUGCCUUGUUAGGACUGGCUUAUCUACAUUCCCAUAAUAUGAUUCACAGAGAUGUGAAAGCUGGUAACAUCCUGCUGACUGAGCUGGGUCAGGUCAAACUGGCCGACUUUGGCUCUGCCUCCAUUGCCUCACCUGCCAACUCCUUUGUGGGAACACCUUAUUGGAUGGCCCCAGAAGUGAUCCUAGCCAUGGACGAGGGCCAGUACGAGGGGAAAGUUGAUAUCUGGUCCCUGGGGAUCACAUGUAUUGAACUGGCGGAGCGCAAACCGCCCUUGUUCAACAUGAAUGCCAUGAGUGCCUUAUAUCACAUCGCACAGAACGACUCUCCCACGCUACAGUCCAAUGAGUGGACUGACCCCUUCCGGAGCUUUGUCGACUACUGCCUACUGAAAAUUCCUCAGGACAGACCUUCGUCAGGGGAGCUUCUACGACAUGAUUUUGUGCGAAGGGAACGAUCGCCGCGCAUUCUCAUCGACCUCAUCCAGAGGACCAAGGAUGCGGUGCGUGAGCUGGACAAUCUGCAGUACCGCAAGAUGAAGAAGAUCCUCUACCAGGAGAAACACAAUGGGCCCAUGGGAGAGAGCCAAGAGGAGGAGGAGGACAGUGAGGCAGCCAGCUGUAAGAUGAACAGCCUGGGCAGCAACCACUCCAUCCCCAGCACCUCUGUCAGCACAGGCAGCCAGAGCAGUAGCGUGAACAGCAUGCAAGAGGUGCUGGAAGACAGCUGCUCCGACAUGAUGCACCCACAGGACUACAGCAGCACCCUGGAGUCCUCUCCACACGCCAAGAAGGACCCUCAGUACAACUGGGAUGAUGGGAUCCAUAGGGAUCUAAGGUCUGGGCUGAGGCCGGCUUCCUCCGACAAGAGCAGCCAGGCCCAAAACUACAAGAACCAGGGACGCUUUGCCACAAUAAAAUCAGCCUCACUGGUGACCAAGCAGAUCCACGAGCAUGAGCAGGAAAAUGAGCUGCGGGAGCAGAUGUCGGGCUACAAGCGCAUGCGGCGGCAGCACCAGAAGCAGCUGAUUGCCCUGGAGAACAAGCUGAAGGCCGAGAUGGACGAGCACCGGCUAAAGCUGCAGAAGGAGGUGGAGACGCAAGCCAACAAUGCCUACAUCGAGCUGGAGAAGCUGGCCAAACGCCAUGCGGGGCACACCGAGAAGGAGAUGAAGACAGCGUUGACAGAUGAGAAGAAGUUCCAGCAGCAGAUCGUGACCCAGCAGAAGAAGGAGCUGACCACCUUCCUGGAUAACCAAAAGAAACAGUACAAACUCUGCAAGGAGAAGAUUAAGGAGGAGAUGAACGAGGACCAUAGCACACCCAAGAAGGAGAAGCAGGAGCGUCUGUCCAAGCACAAGGAGAACAUGCAACAUUCCCAGGCCGAGGAGGAGGCUCACCUCCUCGGCCAGCAAAGGGUUUUCUACGACAGGAACUGCCGUGGCUUCAAGCGCAAAGUCAUGAUCAAGAGGCACGACGUGGAGCAGGAACAGAUCCGAGAGGAGCUGAACAAGAAGAAAACCCAGAAAGAGAUGGAGCACGCCAUGCUGAUCCGCCAUGACGAGUCUAUGCAGGAGCUGGAGCACCGGCAGCUGAAGAACCUGCAGAAGCUGCGGAUGGACUUGAUCCGCCUGCAGCACCAGACGGAGCUGGAGAACCAGAUCGAGUACAACAACCGGCGGGAGCGUGAACUCCAUCGCAAACAUGUGCUGGAGCUCCGGCAGCAGCCCAAGAACCUCAAAGCUCUGGAGCUGCAGAUAAAGAAGCAGUUUCAGGACACAUGUAAGGUCCAGACCAAGCAGUACAAGGCCCUGCGCCACCACCAGAUGGAAAUUACGCCCAAGGCCGACCACAAGACAGUGCUCAAGGCCCUGAAGGAUGAGCAGACACGCAAGCUGGCCAUCCUGGCUGAGCAAUAUGAGCAGAGCAUCAAUGAGAUGAUGGCCUCACAGGCACUGCGUCUGGAUGAGGCCCAGGAAGCCGAGUGCCAGGCCCUGAGGCAGCAGCUGCAGCAGGAGAUGGAGCUGCUCAAUGCCUACCAGAGCAAGAUCAAGAUGCAGACCGAGGCCCAGCAUGAACGUGAGCUUCAGAAGUUGGAGCAGAAGGUGUCACUGCGCCGGGCCCACCUGGAACAAAAGAUUGAAGAGGAGCUGGUUUCCCUUCAGAAGGAGCGGACCGACCGGAUCAAACACCUGCUGGAGCGCCAGGAGAGGGAGAUCGACAGCUUCGACAUGGAGAGCAUGAGGCUGGGCUUUGGGAACCUUGGCACCCUGGACCUCCCAAAGGACGACUACAGAUGAGGGGCUGUCGUCGCUGCUGCUGCUGCCAUCAUCAUAAUCCCCUGGGCGUCUGUCGUCUGCCUCAAUACACCCCUCCCUCUUCCCUGACCUGACAGUGCAGGUGUUCACUGCUGCUGUUGACGCCCCCCAUUCAAACACACACAGACGCAAAAAAAAAAUACAACAUGGCUCCAGAAUAAGAUGGUUUCUGAGCCGGUCAAAGAGACGACAGCAGGUUUUAGUGCCCAAGAAAACCCACCUAAACUUCCUCCCCCUCCUUACCUCUUGGUGUAACAAGAUGACAAAAAAAUAUGCUGGAUCCUGUAGUUGUCAUGUUUUUGUAAGAAUAAUGAUAACGUAGUCACAGUGUUUCUCGUUUCUUGUGCAAUGACGACACUUUUGGUGUGACUAAAAGUGGAAGACGAGAGAAGGAGGGAGAGAAAAAUGAGGGCCAGUUCGAUGAGGAGCAAAAUAAGUGCUCUGCAAACAUGCAUAUUUUCAGAGGUGAUUCAUUUUUUUCCCUAGUUUGUUUUUAGGUGCAAAAAAUCUCUCAAAGCGAUAAAUCAAACAGCCAAGCCUUCCGCAGCCGAUGUUGGUCUGUGCUACUUCAACAAGUUUUUGGUAUUUAUUCAUCAGGACAUUUUUAUGACAAAUUUGAAUAAUUUGAUACUUUGAGAAACAAAUAUUACAUUAUACAUAGAGGUACGCUUCUGAUAAAUGUGACUCCUUCGGGUGAUUACCGAGGGGAGAGUGAAUCAUGGUACUCAAUAUGUGUAUCGUACUGAUUUCUCUGCACUGGCAGCCAAUGUGAAUAAUAAUAAUAGUACAUGUGAAAUCCAACUCCCAGCUAGCACAAAGGGCUUCAGGGGGGGCAGGGCUUGGGGGGAUUGUAAUUUGUGUAUAGAAGGAUUUAUGGAGAGCUUUUACUUAUUUUCGUAUCGUAUUUUAACUGUCACUGAAUCAAAAAGAAUUUUUAAAUGCGCUUAAACGCCAUCCUCAGUAUUUGAGGCUCAUUCAUCUUUCAAUGGGACUUUAAUUUGAUUUCCUUUCCUUUUUUUUUUGCUUCACACAACUCAAGCUGUGUAUUUUCUUAUAAACCAGACCAGUAUGAUGCUUUAUUAUUGCAUGCACUUUAAUUUCUUUUUUUCCAGGUUAAAGAAAGCAUGAUUCUGUCAGAGCUUUUAAUUAUAUUUGUAAAUAAAGUGCUCAUCACACAAA